CGCGCCUCACGUCGCGCAGUGCCCCGCCGCCGCUGACCUGCCACCUCCGCUGUCCCGGAUAACCAUGGCGGCCGUCAGGGCCCUGCUGGUUCCGAGGCUGGCGGCGGCCUCCGCGUUCGCGCCGCUCCCGGGCCGCCUGCGGCUGCUGCCCCGCGGCGGGCGGGCGCUCUCCCCGCGCGCGGCCCUGCACGGCUCCGCGUCGCGCCCCGGGGCCAGAGUCGCGGUGGUCCUGUCCGGCUGCGGCGUCUUCGACGGCACCGAGAUCCACGAGGCGUCCGCCAUCCUGGUCCACCUGAGCCGGGCAGGGGCAGCCGUGGAGAUCUUUGCUCCUGACGUCGCUCAGAUGCAUGUGAUUGACCACAUCAAGGGGCAGCCUUCGGAGGGUGAGACCAGGAAUGUUUUGGCUGAAUCGGCAAGGAUUGCCCGUGGCAAGAUCUCAGACCUGGCCACACUCAGGGCUGCCAACCACGACGCUGCCAUCUUCCCGGGGGGAUUCGGAGCUGCCAAAAACCUGAGCACGUUCGCCGUGGACGGAAAAGACUGUGAAGUCAAUGCCGACGUGGAGCGCGUCCUGAAGGAGUUCCGCGGGGCCGGGAAGCCCAUCGGUUUGUGCUGCAUUGCGCCAGUCCUCGCAGCCAAAGUGCUGCGCGGCGUCGAGGUCACCGUGGGCCACGAGCAGGAGGAGGGCGGCAAGUGGCCGUACGCUGGGACCGUGGAGGCCAUCCGAGCCCUGGGCUCCAAGCACUGCGCGAGGGAAGUGACCGAAGCUCACGUGGACCAGAAGAACAAGGUGGUCACGACCCCAGCCUUCAUGUGUGAGACGGCGCUCCAUCACAUCCACGAUGGCAUCGGGGCCAUGGUGAAGAAGGUGCUGGAACUCUCUGGAAAGUGAGGCCCAUGCAGGAGGAGCCUAGCUGGUGGGACUGGCGGCCAUUUACUCUCUCCUGCUUGGAGUGUGACAAGAACUUGUUUUGCAUUUAAAUCGAUGUGUUUUCUGCCUGGAGGGGGUGCUCCGGGACCUGCGUUUUGGGGGUAUUGGCACGUUUUGGGGGUAUUGGCACGAGACACUUCGACAGGCCAGGAGAGGUGCCUGGUAAUCUGUCUUCUCCUUUAGGAAGCAGUGGUGAUUCCACUCUCUGUGUGGUUCCUGAGAACUAGAAUCAGGAAGGUACACAGGUUCAGGGGUGCCACUUCAGAAUCUUGAGUUUGAUCUGGUUUAUGACAUUUAGUGUUUGGAAGGAAAAAAAGCCUUUAAGGUCACAAGUUUAAUAAUCAGGAAACCAGAAUUACCACUCUCUCUAAUACUGGGAGAGAGACCCUCUAGUCUGGUACAAAUGUGUGCUGUUGAUAUGGCGUGGGGGUUCCCCAGCAGGCAGUGCCCCCAGCCAGGAGAAUCAGUGCCUUUCCAAGAUGGAGACUUCUAACAACCUUACUUCAGGCCUUCUGGACCUGGCAUAUGAGGAGUAUAAAUGAGGGUUCUUAAAUUAGUCUCUGCUCUAUCUCCAGGUGGAAGGGGAAGACACGGUACUCAGCCUCUCUAGUUGAAUGGCCAUGCCAGUGACUGUGAGUUGGUCUCAGGCCUUUAAACAAUAGAAACUCACGUGAGAUGCUUACAGAAGGGAAAAUAAAGUAGAGUGAUGCUAGCAUUGAGUUUCCA